UCAUUCUUUCCGCGCCGUCUCGCGCAGGCGUCGCUGCCAGUCGUCCGCCAGCCGGGGGGGCCCUUGAGCGUUACGGCGUCGCAAAAGAGCCGGCGGGGGGCGGGGCGGGUCCUUUCGGCCGAGCCGUCGCAGCCGGUGCCCGCCCCGGCCCACCAUGUACUACAAGUUCAGCGGCUUCACACAGCGCCUCGUCGGGGCCACGGCGGCCGCCGCCUACGCUCCACAGGGACUCAAAUCAUUAGCUCCCACUGAAUCCCCAGAUCCGAUUUUUGGGACAAGUAAACCUGCACCAGGUUUACCAGCAACUGAACCUUUCUUGGGUACAAACAAGGUGCCAGACCUACAGAAAGUUUUUCAGAGAUCAGAUGGGCUGCCAAUACACCUGAAGCGAGGAUAUCCAGAUAGGAUGCUCUAUCGGACCACGAUGGCUCUGACAAUAGGAGGGACUAUCUACUGUCUGGUAGCACUGUACAUUGCUUCACAGCCAAAAAACCAAAAAUAAAGGAACCACACCUCAUGGGACUUUCAGCACUCCUCUGAAGGAUCUCCUGCAUAUACCACUUUGCACUUAAACCUGUUCCCUGUGGUCACAUAGGGUUCAUUAUUCAGAUCAGAUUUCUUGGAGAAAUGUUUUUAAAUCAGUUGCCUUAUGUAUUCUGAAACACCAAUAUAAACAGAGAAAUAUAUUAUUUUAGCAUA